AUGCCAUCGGAAGAGUUCAAAGGACUACCCAUCAAAAGGGAUCUUUCUGCCACCGAUCAUGCUGAUAGGCCUCCGGCUCUGUCUGCUCCUCCAUGCGUUAUUUCUGUCGCAAGCGAUGAGUCGCAAGUGCUGCCGAUUCCUAAGAAAUCCAGGACUAUCAAGACCGAUAAACCAAGACCUUUUCUGUGCCAUAUCUGUACAAGGGGGUUCGUGAGACAGGAGCAUCUGAAACGACAUCAAAGAGCACAUACAAACGAGAAACCUUUCCUUUGCGUGUUUUGCGGAAGGUGCUUUGCGAGACGAGACCUUGUGUUGCGGCAUCAACACAAGCUGCAUUCGGCAUUGGUUUCCAAAGAAUCUGUGGAUUCUAGAGACAAGAAUGAAAUAGAUGCCAUGAACGAUAAAAACAUAAUUCAAAUUCAAGGCAACAAACAAACUAUUCUUCCGACACCAAGCAAUCCAUUAGCCAAAACGGCUGCUCAGUUGAAAAAAGCAGCGAAAGAGAAAAAAGGCGGGAAGCAGGACGAAUUGGAUUUGAGCCCUUCGUACAGUAUGAAUGGCCACAGUGCGGGCAUUCUGCCUUUAGUGGGUAACUCUUCCACACCUGCAAUAAUUCAGGUACCUGAGUCGUCUUCGCGUUCCCCUCCUCCGCCAGAUAUGAGUAUUCCGACAAAAUAUAAAAGACAUGCAUCAUUUUCAGCUUCCAGUGCAUUCACGUAUAGUUCUGACAAUUUUCAAAAACUGCAUCAACAAACCAAAUCCGAUUUUGACGAAUUGCAGGAAAGCGUCCCUCAUCAGGUGGGAUUCUCCACACCUCAAUUAACAGCGCAACAACUUAUAGAAAAUGCUAUCGAAUCUGGUGUGGUGGACUUGGAAACUUUGGACUUGCCACCAUUUUUAUCAUUAGACGGUCAGCCGCCUCCAACGUCAACUGCGGCUGCUUCAGGUCCUGAACAUAUAGAUUUGUAUCCUUCUUCCACGGCGGACACCGCCACAGGUAGUACUGCCACUCCGCAUCAGGCUGCGACAGCUCCUCCCUCUCAACUACCUAUACCAAGAGAAAGCAGUUCUUUAUUUUUGGCGCAUACUCCCUAUUUAUCGGAUUUUUUAACAAUGGGCUCCUCAUAUGGUGGUUCGGGUGGGUUUGUAAGAUCCAUUACUGCAGAUCCUAGUUUAGAUUAUUUCAAUUACAAAAGCCAUGCACAUUCAGACACCAAGCAUAACAGUAUUGCAAACUGUAAUAAUACGAACAAGGAUAAUAUUACUGGUAAUAAUGUUAAUGUGACUGAAAGAACUCGAAGCAACGGCAACGGCAACAUAAAUGGAGAACCUAUUAAUCAUACCGGGUUUGUUCAAAGUUAUCGUGCAAGUGGUCAUGAUGAUUCAUUCAUAGAAAGUGAGGAAUGGCUAUCCAAGUUCAUCAUGGAUUCUCAAAUUGAAAAUGAUUUGAAACUUAAUAUCAGUCAUUUUAACGAUAUUGGGUUCAACAACUUACAUUCUCAACAUCCCACAACUCGCUCAGAACCAACAAAUAUGCAUAAUGAAGAUAACAACGCACAUGAUCCUUCCAAUCAAUUCCAGUCCGUGUCAGCAAACAUAUCUCCACCAGGACAGUUCGCUUUGUUUAAAACUAAGCCAAAUAAAGCCAUUUCAAGAUUUCUGUCAGACGAGAAAAUACCUUCGACUGCAUCGCCUUCCUCUUCUGCCUCUCCAAUGCAAUUCGGUAAGAAAAAUGAAGAUAUCAACGAGUUUUUAUUAGAUGAAUCUGUUUCUAAUUUAUUCACUUCUAGACAAAUCGAUUUAUUCAAGAAAAACGUGAAUCUAUAUUCACCACUCUUUCAAAAUCAAAAAAGUGCAGUUUCUUCUUCAAGUUCAACACCACCAUUAACUACUCCAACCGGAGUGACACAACCAAUUCCACGAAAAAAGGAAAAACACCCUAAAAAACUUAAAUUUUUCACAGAACAGUUGCGAAACUCAAUUAUUGAGGAACAUAAAUUAGGAUCUAAUCUAUUCCCCACUGUUGAGGAAUUGAACCAUUACGUCAAUCUGUAUCAGGUGGAAUUUCACAAAUACUUCCCCUUUAUCCACCUAUACUCGAUUCUACCUGCAAAUGAAAACUAUCCAUUAGUAAUCUCUAUCAGCAUGAUUGGUGCCCUCUACGGCUUCCACUCCACGCAUGCGUUAUUAUUGUCAAAGAUAGCAAGAACAAAAGUAAGAGUUUUCCUAGAAAGUACCAAAAACAGUCACGAUAAGACCCCCAUCUGGUUAAUUCAGUCUUUGGUUUUAUUGACGUUUACUAGUAUUUUCUCCAAUGAUAUUAAUGUAUUCAGAACGGUGAAUACACAAAUAGUUAUUUUGGUUCAAUUAAUCAAAAUCACAAAAUUAAACUUCCCACUAGAAAAUUUUAUAAAACCGCCAAUCGAGAGCGAUCAUGUGCUAGAAUUCCAAGAUAACCCUGCUGUCCUAAAUCAGUUUAAAGCACAAUAUAACACAUUGGAACAAAUUAACAGGAACUUCAAAUACUUCAUUUUAGCUCAAUCGAGAAUAAGAAUAUGUCAUAUAGUUUUGUUGAUUUCCAACUUAUUCAAAUCUUUAGUAGAUUUUGAUUGCUGCUUUCAUUCGAUUGAUUUGAAGUGCGGUGUUCCGUGCUACAACGAAGUAUUGUUCUUUUGUGAAGAUUUCAAAGUCUGGAAUGAGAAUUUGACAAGGUUCAAUAUCGUUUUGGAUUCUAAAUUUUCCUUAAUUGAAGUAUCUAACGGUGAAUCCAAUUACGAAAAAUGCUUAAUGUACCUAUCAAAUGGCAAUCCUUACCUUUACGACAACGCUAAAGUCUCGUUUAGGACCUUAUUAUCUUUACUGAUCUCUAUCCAUGAAAAGAUAAACAUUGAAAGAGACGCUUUGAGAGAUAAUUAUAAAGGAGAUUUUCAUAUGAAAGACGUGCAAUGGAGGAUGCAUUCAAGGCCCCUAGUUGCUACCAUGCUAAAACACUGGGAACUGUUAUAUAUCAAGAAUGGAGGAAUACUGGCUCUCAAUAAUGAAAACUUACCAAUAAUCAAUACGAAUCCGUCAUUUAGAUUGAUCAUCCCUCUGUAUUUUUUUGCAAAAUUAAGAAAAUGUCUAGAUGUGGCUCCAACACUGAGAUUCAUUUGGAACCAGGAUUGGAAUUCGAUGAAUAGUUCCUUAGAAAAAGUUUGCUACGAAUGGGAAUCAUUACGCGAAGCCACGGAAUACGCUGUUUCUGUUGUCACAUUUUGGAUUGACACAGUAUCUAUAAUGAAAGGAAGAUCAACGCAAACUCCGAUUUUCACCAUUACUUGUAUCUUUGUUUCAAUCUUGGUCAUAGCCGGGUACAUGAGGAAAUUGGAAGAUUUUGCGCAAAACCAAAAGGGCGAUACCAUGAUCGGUGGUUUGAAGAUCACUGAUAGAAUUCUGUGGCUGAAGGCAUUUAAAACUUUGAAAAGGAUUGAAUCGCACUUAUCUGAAAGAGAGUAUAAACUGCAAACAUUUGCAGAAUUUUUAAGAGUUCCAGAUAAUGGUGGUUUAGAUAUCGAGAGUUUGGAUUCUUCUUUGAUAGAAAGGGCUUUGAACCCAGAGGUUGUUAGUGAUAGAGCGCUAGAUAUAAUCAUGAGAACAAGGCUAUCUUCAAGAACAUUAUACUGUGGUGCUAGAAUCCUCGGCGAUACACCCGUCUGGCCUGUGUCCCUGCUGUUUGCUCAUGCUUUACAAUCCAGGGCUAUUUAUAAUAUUAAUCAUGGUAAAGCUCUAAACAAAAGAUAG